AUGAGUCCUAGAAGACGAGUCCUAUACGAUGAACAGGAAGAAUCUGGAAAAGACUUCAUGGUGAUGGGCUGGAAGAGUUUGGACAGGAGUAGACUCAUAAUAAAUAAUUGUCUUCUUUUUCCUUUCAUUUAUUGCAGACCAGUUGAAUUUUCAGAAGUUGAAUACCCAGAAGUUGAAAAUCAAAGAAGACCACAAUUUUGGGACCCUAUUCGGCUAGCCCUUUUCACAUUGGCCAUUGCAGCAAUCAUAGGAAUUGCAAUUGGUAUUGUUACUCAUUUUGUUGUUGCAGAUGAUAAGUCAUUCUAUUACCUUGCCUCUUUUAAAGUCACAAAUAUCAAAUACAAAGAAAAAUACGGAAUAAGAACCUCAAGGGAGUUUGCAGAAAGGAGUCAUCAGAUUGAGAGAAUGAUGUCUAGGAUAUUUCGGCGUUUUACCAGAGGGCAUCGGUUUAUCAAAUCUCAUGUUGUCAAUCUAAGUCCAAGUGAAGAUGGUGUGAACGUUCUUAUGGUGCUCAUGUUUCGAUACCCAUCUACUGAUAAUGCUGAACGAAUCAAGAAAAGAAUUGAAAAGCUUUUAUAUACAAGUCUAAAUACUAACCAGUUGCCUUUGACUAUAAACAAACAAUCAUUUAGAAUCACACCUCUUGACAGCAAAAAGAUGAGAAAUCUUCUCAACAGUCGCUGUGGGAUAAGGAUGACAUCUUCAAACAUGCCGUUACCAGCAUCCUCUUCUACUGAAAGGAUUAUGAAAGGAAGCAAAAUAGCUAUGGAAGGGGAGUGGCCAUGGCAGGCCAGCCUCCAGCUCAUAGGGGCGGGCCAUCAGUGCGGUGCCAGUCUCAUCAGUAACACUUGGCUGCUCACUGCAGCUCACUGCUUCCAGAGAAAUAAAGACCCAAGUCAAUGGAUUGUUACUUUUGGUGCAAGUGUAAAACCACCUGCUGUGAAACGAAGUGUGGGAGAAAUUAUCAUUCAUGAAAAUUAUCACAAAGAUACAAAUGAAAAUGACAUUGCUUUGAUUCAGCUCACUACCCAAGUUGAAUAUUCAAAUAUAGUCCAGAGAGUUUGCCUCCCAGAUUCAUCUAUAAAGUUGCCACCUAAAACAAGUGUAUUUGUCACAGGAUUUGGAUCCAUUGUAGAUGAUGGACCUACACAAAAUAAACUUCGGCAAGCCAGGGUGGAAACAAUAAGCAAUGACGUGUGUAACAGAAAGGAUGUGUAUGAUGGCAUGAUAACUUCAGGCAUGUUAUGUGCGGGAUUCAUGGAAGGAAAAGUAGAUGCCUGUAAGGGAGAUUCUGGUGGACCUCUGGUUUAUCCUGACAAUCGUGACAUCUGGUACCUUGUUGGAAUAGUAAGUUGGGGACAAUCAUGUGGUCUCCCCAACAAACCUGGAGUCUACACAAGGGUGGCUCAGUAUCGAGACUGGAUUGCCUCUAAGAUUGGUAUGUAG